CGCCUCCGCUCCGAUGGCGGGCAGGAGCGGGGCGCUCGCUGCUCACACGGGCAGCAGCGCGUAGACGUGGGGCGAGCGCAAGAAUCGCUCAUGUGACACAUUUACAGGAGCAAAUCCUGGGGAGGGACCCAACGAGAUGUCAGAUCCCAAUUCCUGCAGGACUCCAUGCCCACGUUUUCCACAGACACCGUGCGCGGUUUAGUGCGGCGACCGGGAGCUGCGUAUCGAUCGAGCUGCGGGGCUAUUUAACGCUCUUGCUGGAGGUCCGUCCAGGAGAGGCUCCGUCCAGCCGAGCGGAUUCACUCGUGUCGCCUGCUUUCGCCGAGAGCCCGUUACUUCUCACUCACCUCCAAACUGCCUUCUUCUUCUUGGUGGCUGCUCGGCGCUAGACGCUAGAAGGGUCAGGUUCUGAGGUUGUGCACUGCUCCAGCAAAUUAAGAAAUAAGGAAUAAUUUAAAAAAGCAAAUUCUGAGUGAAUAAAAAGCCGCUGAUUGAAAAGUGAUCAUCGCACAAGGGACAUAAUAAUAACUCCUAAAGAGAUAAAAUAAAAAUACGCACCUCAUCGCUAAAAAAAUGGCAAUGAUUCAAACCAAUGGAUUCAUCUGGACUUGGCUUCUGUUCGGCACCGCAGCUUCCCUGCAGGUGAAUAUCACUCCUCCCUACAGUGAGAUCAGCGUGGGACAGUCCAAGUUCUUCCUGUGUCGAGUGGAUGGUGAAGCGAAAGACAUUGACUGGUUCUUACCAAAUGGUGAGAAGAUCUCGCCAAACAGGCCGGAUAUCAGCAUCACGCGCAAUGAUGAGGCCAACUCCACACUCAUCAUCUACAAUGCCGACGUGGACAAGGCAGGGGACUACAAGUGUGUCGCCCGGAACGGUGAUACAGAGGCACAGGCCACCGUCAAAGUAUUCGUUUUUCAACAGCUUGAGAUCCGCAAUGCCCCGUCUCCCCAGGAGUUCACGGAAGGGGACAAUGCUGACAUUGUGUGUGACGUCGUGGGUUCACCCCCACCCAUGGUCACCUGGAGACACAAAGGCACUAGGAUAAAGCCAGAUAAAGACGUGCGCUAUAAGAUCCAGAGUAACAACCACCUCCAGAUCCGGGGCAUAAAGAAGAGCGACGAGGGAACUUACGUCUGCGAGGGAAGGGUCAUGGUGCGGGGGGAGAUCAGCCUGCAGCCCAUUGAGGUUGUGGUCAACGUGCUUCCGACCAUCAGGACCAGACAGGCCGAGUUGAAUGCCACAGCGGACAUGGGUCUGACUGUGAUGCUGGCCUGCGAUGCUGAUGGCUCCCCAGAGCCCACUGUUGCAUGGGAGCGUAAUAACAUUGUCCUUGAAGCCAGAAAUAAGUACGGCUUCAACGAAGACGGUUCCGAAAUGACGAUUAAAGACGUUACGAAGACAGAUGAAGGGGAGUACACCUGUAUUGCCAGAAACAAGGCGGGCGGGGCGAAACAGGAAAUCAGCCUGAAUGUGUUCGUGAAGCCCAAGAUCACCUACCUGGAGAACCAGACGGCAUCUGAGCUGGAGGAGCAGGUCACGCUGGUUUGCGAGGCUCUAGGUGACCCCACGCCGAGCAUUGUGUGGAGUUUUGGCCGCCGUGUCUUCACCGAGGGGGAGCAGGAGCCCCAUAACAGGAUCUAUCAGGCUUCCUGGACUCGGCCCGAAACGCACAAGAGUCAGGACGGAAACGUGGUGGUGCGCAGCGACGCCCGGGUCUCCUCUCUCACCCUCAAGUACGUCCAGUUCACCGACGCGGGCCAGUACGUGUGCACGGCCCGCAACUCCGUGGGCCAGGACGCCGAGGCCAUGUACCUGGAAGUGCGCUAUGCUCCCAAGAUCCAGGGUGCAGUUACGGUGUACACCUGGGAGGGGAACAGCGCGAACAUCAGCUGUGAGGUGCUGGCCCACCCCGCGGCCUCUGUGACCUGGUUCCGAGACGGCCAGCCACUUCCCAGCUCCAACGCCUCCAAUGUCCGGAUCUUUACCACCACUGCUGCCAGCUACCUGGAGGUCACUCCUGAGUCACAGAAUGACUUUGGGAGCUAUAACUGCACAGCUGCAAAUAUCAUUGGCACGGAGUCCAAGGAGUUCCUCCUCAUCCAGGCAGAUGUGCCAUCCGCCCCAGAGCUUCUGUUGGUCAAGCCCUUCUCCAGCUCAGCUCAAGUGCAGUUUGAGGAGCCCGAAGCCACUGGGGGGGUGCCCGUGCUCCGCUACAAAGUGUUGUGGAGGCCGGUGGGCAGAGAAGCCUGGUCCAGGCGGGUCUACGACACCGUGGAUGGACACCACACUCUCACCAUCACAGGUCUGAAGCCGGACACUAGAUACGAGGUCAAGCUGGUUGCCAUCAAUGGCAAGGGCGAGGGCGAGAGCAGUCAGUUGCUGGGCUUCGUGACGGAGCCGCUCCGGGAGCCCAGCGCCCCACAGCUGGAAGCCCACCUCCUGCCCGCCGGCAAUGCCCUCCAGGUGCGCUGGGCAGAGCAGGACGAUGGGGGCUCUCCGGUCACGCACUACAUAGUGAAAUACAAGGCAAAGCAAGCGUCGGCCUGGAGGCCUGGGAUCCGGCUGCCCAGCGCCACCGAGUCCGCCGUUCUCAGCGGCCUCGACUGGGACACCGAGUACCACGUGUACGUGGUGGCUGAGAACCAGCGGGGCAGGUCGCAGCCCGGCACGCUGUCGUUCAGGACCCCGCCCGCGCCCACCGCCGCCCCAGAUUCCCUCUCGCCCAGUGGGCUCAGCUCAGGGGCCGUUGCGGGAAUACUGGUGGUCGUCUUCGCGUUGGUGCUCGUGGCCGUGGAUGUGGCGUGCUUCUUCCUCAACAAGUGCGGUCUGCUCAUGUGCCUCGCGGUCAACGUGUGCGGAAAGCAGGGGGCCGGCGCCAAGGCCAAGGACUUCGACGGGGGAAUCGCGGCAUUUUCGAAGGACGAAUCCAGAGAGCCGAUCGUGGAGGUGCGGACGGAGGACGAGACGCAGAACCACGAUGGGGUUGGGCUGAUGGAGCCUAGCGAGACCACCCCGCUCACAGAGUCAGACCAAGUCCCAGUAACCGACAGACACAAACCUGAGGCCGCGCAGGCGGAGUUGAGGCCCAGCGACGCCACACAGCCCAACGCCAGUGAGAGCCAAGCAUGACACUGCAGCUCCCAUCCCUCGAGUCCCAGCGAGAGCCGACAUUCGUCUCCCUCGAACCAGCGUCUCUGCUGAGAACAAUUCGGUGUCCAUCCGUCCAGUGGGAUUGCACUUUCCUCAUAGGCCUUGGAUCUCUUCAUUUGCUUUCUUUUCGUUUUCGCAGCAUCCGGUACUCAGUAAAGCAUCAGUUCGUUUCUCGAGAUCGAAAGGAAUUUCUUACAGAGCAAACUUCACCUUUGCAUUGCUUACUGUUGCAAAACAGGUUCCUGGUACCUGAGCUGGAGAGAACCCAUGGAAGUGUCCCGUUUCGAACACUUUUACUGUGCACAGUACCAUAGCGUUCGUAGAAUUUCUGUAAAUGUAUUUCUGGCAUAUAAAAAUGAUCUCCAUUACAAGUAUGCAAUGUGUUAUAUUUUUGCUUUCUUCUUUUUUAUUGGUUUUAUUUUUAUUAAAGGUAUAUUCUACCGGACAGAGAAAUUCCCUUUUUCAAAACGGGUUUUCAAGCUAUUCUUAAAUGUUUACAUCGUUUCCCUGUGCUUUAUAUCUGUUUAUGACAUUUACUUGUUUUAUGUAAACCUACUAACUGAAUGACUCCAACAAAGUAAUAGCAGAGAGCAAUGCGUGGGUAAAAGUACGCACAAUUUGGUUUGAUUUCAGCAGAUUAUGCGUUUCUGCUCUGUGUCAUUGUGAGAGGCUAUUAAAUCCGCUCCAGAACUUCAUCUCUAACCCUUUACGGUGCGAGGCUGGAGGUCAUCUGCUGAAAGGGACGUUCGCCUCUCCGGUAGGACCGGGGAGAUGUCGCCAGUUUUCCACCAAAUAACGUGACGAACCCUGAAAUAUCACAAGUAUCGUAGUUGAAAAAUCAACUUUAAAGCCGACCUGCAUAACAAUUAAUCGCCGGCUCAAGGCGAAUUUAAAGGAAUUACAAAUAAAAACGUGAGCGAGCGCAAAGAAGCAGUUGUGUCAAUGCUUUUCCUACGAUUUUUCAGUGUACUUGCUAUAGAUAUAGUGUAAAGAAAAUGAAGCGGCUGGAGGAGUUUGUCGUUUGUAACUGCCCCUUCAGCAUGGUCCCUUCAGCGUGGAUAUGAGGUCAGUCUAGGUCGCCAUCGCGUGGCGUCGACAGGCGCCAUGACUGUUCCUUUUCGCCGCCGGAGAAUGCCCCUCUCCUGUGGCCCCGCAGGACGCCACCAAAGCUGGUCUUGUUCUGUUUGCCGGGAGGCCGACCGUCACGACCGCCCUGGAUGAAAAGGCCGCCUUUGUGACGUGGCGGUAGAUUGGUCCGACGCUGCGCUGAGGAGAUGACCGCAGCAACGGUCCGUACUGUUCACGCCGUCCGUGGCGAGCAUGCCUGGUAUGUGCCUACGUGUAUAGCAGAAAGCUUGCUUGGAAAGUGCAGGAUGUCUGUCCCGGAGACUGUCUUUGUGACGCCCGUUCCAUAAUGCAGUGUUCAGCCGUGGCAACAUUCACAUACUGACAUGACUGACUUUGCAACCAGUUCACUUUGACCAUCCUCAGAUGGUUUGGCAGCUACCUGCUUGUAACAUAUAAGACAUCUGAGCUGUAAAAGUCCAGUUACGAUUUUUUUAGGGAACAAACUUGCGAAUGCAAAUUGAAUUUCCGUUAUAAAUUGUUUUUCUUGUUCAGUGUUCAGGUUAAGCCUAAGUUGUGCUUUGUUAAAAAAAAAAAGAAAAAAAAGAAAAAAAAAAAGAUAAAAGUUUUUUUUCCUUCAUUGUGUACAUUGCUCACCUGUUCUGUGUGCUGUGAUGUUGCAGAACAUUUUUAAUAAUAGGAAAAAAAAAGUGCUUUUAAUCAUCAGUGUUAAGUAAUGGAUGAAGAAAAGUUUUACCUUCUUUUGACAUGACACACAUGCAAUUCUCAGUAAUAUCUGAAAGUAUUAUGUUGCAUUAAACUGUAGUGCAUUUCUUUCGCCAGUUUUUUCCAUAAAAUGUGGGACCAAGUUUUUUGUGAGUUUGCAAAAAAAUCAGUGUAUUGUGCCAUGAGAAGUAUGCUUGAAAAGUUAAAAUACUGUAUAAAGUUGAAAGGGCAGUUAUAGUCUGAAUGUUCAUAGAAUAGGGGCCUUACUUCAUUUCAAAGGCCUGCGUUCAUUGUCGUUCGUACCCAUAAUUCCUUGCGAUUCAGGUGUGUACACCUUGGUGCCCUGUCUUUCUGCUGUCAAUGGUGUAAAUACUGAUUACUAACCAACCGUUCCCAAGUUUCAUCCUGUCAGGCACAGCUGUAUUCAAUAAA